CCGCUGAGCGCGGAGCCCACCCCCGUCGUUUAGCCGCGGCAACGAAGCCAUGUCCAAGGCUUUUGGGACAUUCUCAGGCGCUUACAGCCGUCAUCAGAACUCUGGGAUGCCGCACAUGGACCAUGACAGCAGCUUCUCCCAUGGAAAGCGCAAGCGUCUCAAUGUUGUGUCGAUGCUGAUCAACGUUCUGGCGCCAUGGUUGGUCUUCUGUGGCGUAUUUGGGGCCAUGUCCUUCUACACGCACUACACCAGUCCUCUGCUUGCCUGGUUGGUGGUGUUGGCAGGUGUAGCAAUUUCAGCUCUGGCAGGCGUUCUGGCUUAUCGCACCAAGAUGCGCGAUAGGGACCCCACCUGGUACACCUUUGCUUUCCUGGCUGCCAGCCUUGCUACCAUCUUUGCCACGGUCUUUGGUGAUAUGAACUAUUGGUACAACAUGCAGCCUUACUAUGACAUCGAGAACAUCAACACCUACCCUUCCGUGAACCCCGGCCGCGAGAAAGGUCAGCAACUGAUGGAUGCGGAGCGCGUCUAUUUCGAAGAUGGCACUGGGCUGAACACCUCUAAAUCGAUGGCGUUCCGGAACCUCGACAGGUAUUGUGUGGCACCUAUUGUCUUCGGUCAGGAGCCUUUGGCAUCCUAUGACUUUUGGGCAGUUGGAGUAAACUGCUGCAGCGGUACCACCGCAGAUUUCCGCUGUGGAGAGUAUGACAAUCCAAAAGCUCGUUCCGGGCUGCGCUUGAUGCGCGAAGACCAGCGCCCUUUCUUUCGUUUGGCCGUCCAGCAGGCAGAGGCUGCGUACAACAUCAAAGCAAAUCACCCGCUCUUCUUCUACUGGAUGCAGGACCCUGUGGCAGAGGUCAUGAAAUACCGCAGUGACGGAUUCAAGUACGCCUUCAUUGCAAUCGCCACGCACUUCGCCUUCAAUUUGCUCUGCGUGGCGGGCGCGGCGUUUGCAUUUUCCAAGAUCAGCCAUGAGUUCUGAGACCGGACGAUGAUAGGUUCAUGGCGAGCAGACAAAAGAUUGACA